UGCCAAAAACAGAAAGUAUGAGACAGUUGUUCGCCCUUUGGUUUCCCUGACCAUUUUACUAUUUUCGGUUCUUCAUGCUGAUACCGUGACCAAAAAAUCUCUCUGCCUUUUCAAAAAUCAACAAAAUCCCUUCACAAACCUAUCUUUUACAAAUUGUUUCUUAGUAAACUCUCUCUGCUUUACUUUCUCUGUUUUUCUCUUUGCCCAAUUUACAACUCAAAAUUUGCAAAAGGUUAAGGGAUUCUUAUUUUGAACAUUCGGAUUUUGUGAUUUGAGGGUGAAGAUGUCUCAUAGAAGAUCAGGGAAAAGUGGGAGCACUAACUCAGAGUUGGAAGAGUUGAAGUAUAAAUACUAUAAAGAUUUAAGAGAUAAAAGAGUCAAAAUUAGACGUUCUGGGAAAUAUUUCGAAUGUCCAUGCUGUCAUGAUUCAGGUAAAGAGUAUGAUUCACAAGAGCUUCUAAGGCAUGCUUCCCGCAUCGGUAGAGAAUCAAAGAGUGCUAGUUUGAGAGACAAGGCUAGACAUUUGGGAUUGUACAAGUACUUGGAUAGGUACAUAGAUGCAGACAAGAACAUAUCUGAAUCAAGUAAGAGGAAAUGUUCUGAGCCACCAGGGAAGAGUUCUCGAGAUGCCAAGAGUGAUCCAGUAGAGCCAUCUCAGAUCAGUGAGAAGUCCAAAGGUGGAGGAAAAUUUUAUUUGUCUGCUGCUAGGACCAUUGAAGCAGUAGAUAGAUCUGUUGAUGGUGCUGAAGAGCCUCCGAGAAGGGAAAAACUAAAUGCGGAGAACAAAGUGGCAUCCGAACCUCCUCGCAGAAGUACUAAAGAUGGUCUGCCAGUGCCACCCCAACCUGUCCUAGCAUCUAAUAGGCCAUUUAUCAGCAAAGCCAAGGAUGAUCAAUUAGUUGUUCCUUGGAUGGGAAUAGUAGCCAAUAUCCCAGUUGAAUAUAAGGAAGGUAGAUAUGUAGGUAAAAGUGGAACAAAUCUAAAGAAGGAGUGGAUUGAGAAAGGGUUUAAUCCAGAGAGGGUUCAUCCUUUGUGGAACUUCCAGGGUCACACUGGAUAUGCCAUAGUUGAAUUUAAAGGGGAUUGGUCUGGAUUCAUGAAUGCUAUGGCAUUUGAAAAAGCAUUUGAAUUGGAUAAACAUGGGAAGAGAGACUGGAAUUCAGUAAGACGUCGAGAUGAUAAAUUGUAUGCUUGGAUUGCACGUAAUGAAGAUUACUACUCUAAUGGUCCUGUUGGUAAACAUCUCCGCAAACAUGGAGAUCUAAAGUCAGUUUCUGAAAUACAAGAAGAGAACAAGAGGAAAGAUUCAAGUCUGCUAUGCAACUUAACAAAUGCGUUAGAGAUGAAGAACAAGGAAUGUGAAGAGAUGAAGAAGAAAAUAAGCAGAACAGAAGUUUUUAUGGAUAAUGUGAUGAGUCAAAAGGAGAAGAUGAUCCAAUGCUACAAUGACGAGAUGGAGAUGAUGCGGGAUAAAGCAUUCAAUCAGCUUCAAGAUUGCGUACGUGAGCAUGAAGAAAGUAAAAAGCAACUUGAAGCUCAAAAACAGAAAUUGAUGCUACAAGAACAAGAAUUGAGAAAACGUGAAGUACUUAAUGAGAGUGAGAAAAGAAAGCUUGACCGCCAGAAAGAGAUGAAUGAAAGGGCAAUCUUGGAGCAGAGAAAUGCAGAUGAACAAAUGUUGAAAUUGGCUGAAGAUCAUAAGAGAGUAAAGGAACAACUUCAUCAAAGAAUAAUUGAACUUGAAGCAAACCUUGAUCAGAAGCAAGCGCUACAGUUGCAGAUUGAGCGCUUGAGAGGUUCCAUGGAAGUGAUGAGACUCAUGAAUGAGGAAGGAGAUCUCGAAGCUAAGAAGAAACUGGAUUCAAUUCAGGAAGAAAUCAAAGAGAGUGAAGAAGAACUUGAAAGCUUGGAAACACUGAAUCAAGCUCUAAUUAUAAAGGAAAGACUUACAAAUGACGAGGUGCAGGAAGCCCGUAAAGAACUAAUCGAUGGUUUAAAGGAUAGCCGUGCAGCCCGUGCUAAUAUCUGUGUCAAGAGAAUGGGAGAACUUAAUGAGAAGCCAUUCCAUGCUGCUGCAAAAAGAAUGUAUAACUCUGAAGAAGCAGCAGAGAAAGCAGUGGAAGUAUGUUCCUUGUGGGAGGAUCACCUGAGAAAUCCAAACUGGCAUCCGUAUAAGGUUAUCCAAAAGGGUCAAGCUGCUGAGGAAAUAAUUGAUGAAGAUGAUGAGAAAUUGAAGGAAUUAAAAGCCGAGUAUGGUGAUGAAGUGUAUCAAUCAGUGGUAACUGCCUUAAAUGAGCUGAAUGAGCAUAACCCGAGUGGUAGGUACCCAGUACCAAAGUUGUGGAAUAACAAGGAAAAGAGAACCGCAUCAUUGAACGAAGGAGUUGAGCACAUAUUGAAACAGUGGAAGGCGCAUAAGAGGAAAACAAGAUGAAGCAUUUGACUGAACUUUGAGGGGAAAGAAGCAGGAAAAUUGAUUAUCAUUACAUGAUUAAUUCAAGUAGGCAAGCUCAACCAUUACCAGGAAUUCUCAGUCUUGCAAAAACAUCAUCAUUUAUGCAGCCCUUCUUUUUGCUCUAAAUUCAGAUGAGACAGUUUGUUCUUCAUCUCUGAUGGUUUUUGUCUUUAGAUACAUUGCAGCUCAAGUAUUGUGUAAAUUCUGACCACAAACAGGCAACAACUAGAAAUAUAUGGGUUAAGUCAUUGAAUAGUUUACUUUAGAAACCUGGUUUCAGAGGAAUACUCUAUAAUCUGCAGCAUGGUGCUCUUUCAUUCUCUUUAUCAACACCUCUAUCCAUUAUAUUAUGUUCC